AUGAAGUUCUCCUCUCGAUCGGUGCUACUACUGUUGGCACUGGUUGGAUCCUCGACGGAUGCCUUCAGAUUCCUACCGGUACCAUUAUCAUCAGGAUCGGUGCGGCAAAGGGUUGAGAAUGCAAUCCGAUUAUCCAUGUCUUCCAACGAUUAUCUAUCAGCCUUAUCAUCAUCAUCAAACCCACCGCAACCACCGCAACUAACACCAGCACCACCACAAGAGGGUUACGCUUCAGAAGCUACUUAUACACCACCAGCAUUCCAGCUAUCCCCCGACAUGCCCUCGGGUGGUGAAGACUUGACCUACAUGCCACGUGAAUUCCCCUUGGCCAAAGCGGGACCUUUUGAUUCCAUGACGCCCAAAACCCAUGUAGUACAAGGAGGACAGCAGGCAGAGUUCCAAGCACCUUCGGAUCCACAUGCAGCCACGGCCUUUCGAUUUCCUCACGUGACAUCGAACCAAGAAUUGGAAGGCUUAUUGCAGCAGCACAAGGCAGGCCCCUUUGAUACGAUUACCCCCAGCGAUGCUGUCGUCCAAGGAGGUCAAUUGCCAGAAUUCCAAAAUCCUGCCAACCAGGCGGCUCCCGCCGUUCGGAGUUAUCUAGAUGCUUUAGCGAAAACAGGACCCUUUGAUACGAUGACACCCAAAGGAGAUACGGUCGUACAGGGUGGACAAAUGUCAGAGUUUCAGGAUCCUGCCCAUCAAGCAGGUCAUGCUGCUUCCACCAGUAGAUACCAAAGUGUUGAUCCACGUAGUGCUGGUCCCAAAGCAGGACCCUUUGAUACCAUGACACCCAAGGCAUCCGUCAUGCAAGGUGGUCAAACAUCCGAAUUCAGAUCUCCCAACGAGGAAGCAUCGCAUGAAGUGGGGUUGGAAUAUCCACAAUCCAAAGCCGGUCCGUUUGAUACCAUGACACCCAAGGCAUCCGUCAUGCAGGGAGGUCAAACUGCCGAAUUCCAGUCUCCCCGAGAGGAAGUAGCCCAUGAAGUGGGUCGAUACCAGAACUCCAUGUCCAAAACGGGUCCUUUUGAUACAAUGACACCCAACUCGUCUUCCGGCGCCAUGCAGGGAGGACAAACGGCAGAAUUCCACACUCCCGCCAAUGAAAUGGUUCAUGAAGUGGGACGAUAUCACACCAAUAAUUUCAAGGCCGGUCCGUUUGAUACCAUGACACCCAAGGAUCCCGUCGUACAAGGAGGACAAAUUGCCGAAUUCAAACCACCGUCUCUUCCCGAAGCCGCCACAUCAGUACCAUUUCCACACGUCUCGACUUCGGACGAAUCAGCAGCCGUCGGGGCAUUGGUAUUUCCCUCGUCGGUGGACGUGGCGGAAACUGUCACGGCCGACUCGGAGUCCAUUGUCUUUUCCCAUGCUCCCAUUUCCUAUUUUGCCAUUGAAAAUCUAACCCCCAAGGGACCUCGUGCCGGUGCCGAUGUGGGAGCUCCCCAUGAUUCCUCUAGACCAUUUGCACAAGUCGACACGUCGUCACUCACGUCCACCAGCUUAUCCUCCGGAUCCUGGUGGUGUGCGGCAGGUGGCUGGCCGUCUCCCAAUUUACGACCGACCACCGAGGUGUUUAUGGUCUUUUCGGGUCGGGGAUGUGUUACAGAUUUGGAUGGAACUGCUCGACAUUACUUUGGACCUGGUGAUACUGUCAUUCUUCCCAAGGGUUGGUCCGGGAGAUGGGAUAUUCAUGAGGAUAUUCACAAGGUUUGGUUUGUACAUGACCAUCCCGAUGUUGACCCUAGUUUUGCCGGUGUCGAUAUUGCACCCUUCAAUUGUGUCCGAAACUAUCAAGGAGGAAACAUGGCCGAAGCCAUGGCUAGCCCAAGUCUCACGUUUAUGGGUAAGAAUGCCGUUGCUACAGAAUCUCCAGGCGGCCCUCCGAUCCUGGGUACAUCCAAUGGUGCGCCUCUACCGAUUGUGGGGGCGGACCCACUGGAUCCAUUUGUGCGUGCAGUGGUGGUUCCUUACAGCCAAUUGAAUGACUUGAAUCGGUUGCAGCUAGAUGUGACUCCUGCUGCCUUUGAUGCAUCUCCGAGCACAGCGUCUCAAACGGUCUACCGAGUUGGAUCCACAACAGUUGGAAGUUCUCUGCUGAGCCCAGGGUCCUACAUGGUUGCCGGACAAAGUCGAACCGAAUGCUUUUACGUGCUGGAGGGAGUGUUCCUCUUGACCAAUACGGAUGGAAGUGCCCGGCGGUGUGUUGCAGGGGACACCAUUGUCAUCCCCAAGGGUUGGAACGGACGAUGGGACGUGCUGGAGCAAGCAAGGACGCUCAAGGUGGUUGUGGUGUAG